AUGUACGACGGCCAGGAAGAGCUCGACAACCUUGCUUGGGACAAGAACGAUGUGGACACCAAGGAGGCACUGUUGGAUAUGCGGCAUAAGACUGUGUGCCGUAAUGUGGAAGAGCUUUCUGAGGCAAGAUUCGGCAAACCAGCAAGACUUAUCACUCCACUGAUCGGCGGGGGCUUCAACAUGCUCUAUAGAAUCCGGCUCGAGGACACAUCGCCAGACAUCAUGGUCCGACUUCCAUGCCCAGGCUUGAUCCAGUUCCCGCAGGAAAAGACCGCCCAAGAGGCGGCCACGGCCAGACUCAUCGCCAAAGAGACGAGGCUACCUAUUCCUCGCCAGCAUUUCUACGACAUGGAGUCGCCGGUCGGCCCCUACGUCAUGAUGGACCAUGUCGAGAAUCAGGGGAGCGUGUCGGCUAGGUUGACAGAUCCAAGCAAGGAUAUCUCGGAACCUCACGCCCUAGACCCGGAAAUCGCCGACUCAACCCUAGAUGCGAUCUGGGGCCAAAUAGCUCAGUGCUACCUACAACUUCACCAGCUGACUUUUCCACGUAUUGGCUCUUUGGUUGAGAUCAGUCCUGGACAAUACCGGGUUGCUGGGAGACCGAUCACCCAUAAUAUGACCGACAUGGUGAGGUUGGCGAACAUCCCUCGUUCCGUCCUCCCGGCAGAAGGCACGACAUACACCACUGGAAACGCUUGGUAUACUGCAUUAGCGGAAAUGCAUAUCGCGCAACUCAUGUUCCAACACAAUGAUGCAGUGGUUUCUGAGGACGACGGCAGAAAUAAGUACGUGGCGCGUCAGAUCUUCCGCAGGCUCGCCAUACAAGGUCGACUGUCAACAUUUGGUUUCUCCGACGACUCCUGGUCUGCCCAGUCUUCCAAUAUCCCCAGCUCUGCGCUGCUCCCGGCACCCUCAGGCUCCCAAAACUUUCGACUAUGGGGUGACGACUUUCGGGCUGGCAACAUCCUCCUGACGAGCUCGGAUAAAAUUGCUGCUCUCAUCGACUGGGAAUACACGUACGUCGGACCUACGCAAUUCUCCCUCGACCCGCCAUGGUGGCUGCUUAUCGAAACCAUGGAGAUGUGGCCAUCAGGCAUGGACGACUGGUGCGAGGUCUAUCAACGGCGCCUACAAACAUGGCUCGCGGUAAUGAGAAAGGCAGAAGAAGCAGAUACGCAUGACUCGAGCACGUUGCCGGCGCCACUGUCGACAUACAUGGAGCAAAGCUGGACGACGGGAAGGUUCUUCCUCAGCUAUGCGGCCAGGAAGAGCUGGGCAUUUGAUGCGGUGUACUGGAAGUACCUUGACGAAAGGUUCUUUGGCGACAGAGAAAGCGAUGUUCCUGGACAGGAGGACUUGUGGAGGACGCGGUUUAACCUGCUAAGUGAUGAGGAACAAGCUGCCAUGGAACCCUUCGUAAGGAGAAAGAUGGCCGAAGCGAAGGAGAGAAAGCUUGUUGAUUGGGAUCCCGUGGCCGCCAGGGAUAGUUUAUCCCAGUUGUUAUUUGACUGAGGACAUCAAAGAGAUUCAUGC